AUGUCCUUCAGAGGAGGUGGCAAUAGAGGUCAAGCAAGAGUUCUACUACCGUUUGGUUUGGAUUAUGCUGACGUAGUUACAACGGAAAACACAACUGAAAAACCACAAUAUAUACUACCUGUCAAUAAUAAACCAUCAGAGAUAGAAACAUUAGCAGCUAAACAAUCAAUUAAUUUUCAAAAGUUAGUAUCAAAUGGUGCAUUCUAUACGGGAAAAUUAGAUCAAAAUCAAAAAAGGAGAAAAGGUGAAGAUCAAGAAGAUGAAACACAACAAAAAACUACCAACAAACAAAUAUUAAAUAAUAUAAAUGAAGAUGGAAUAGAACGAUAUAGUGAUAGAUAUAAAAAAGUACAAAAAAUAGGUAAAACUAUUCAAGAACAUCCUUAUCAAUUACAAUUUUUUCCAGAAGAACUUUAUUCAGUAAUGGGUAUAUCAAAUAAAAAUAAAAAGAAAUAUCUUUCUUCAAAAUUUGCAGCUAAUGGAGGUAUUGAAGAAUUUUUAAGUGAAGAAAAAUUAGCUAAUAUGGAUGCAGAAGCUAAAGCAAAAUCAAUACGAGAAGAAAUGAUGAAUAAAAUAAGUAAUGAAGAUGAUAACAAAAAAGAUGACGCUGAUGAAGUGCCGAGUGAUCAAGAAGAAGAUAUGGAUGAUGAAUUUGAUGAUGAUGAAGAUGAUGAUUAUAAUGCAGAACAAUACUUCGAUGGAGGUGAUGAUGAUGAGGGCAAUGAUGAUGGAGAUGAUCAUGAAGCAGCGUUCUAG